CUUAACCGUAGAAGACCCUUAUCAGAAGAGUCAGACACCCACACGCGCGUACCUAUCAGCAAACCCCGGUACUCAGGCCUCUCCUCCAAUGCGGGUGUGGGUGUGGGUGGUGAAAGAUAUGUGGGCACAGACGAGGGACUGCGCAGCCGCAGUAGAGAGCAGGACAGAGACAGAGAUAGAGAUAGAGAUAGAGAUAGGGAUAGGGAUAGGGGUGCAGCAAGAGAUACACGGGAUGCGAGGGGAGGCUAUCGGGAGAGAGGGGGUGGCCGAGAAAGGGACAGAGACAGGGCACAGAGCCGAGGUGGUGGCAGAAUAAGCGAUCGAAUCGGUGACAAAAUAAGCGAUCGAAUCGGUGACAAAAUAAACGAUCGGCUGGGUGAUCGGAUAGGGGACCGUGUUGGGGAGAAGGGUGUUGGUAGAGGCGAAGACCGCAGUGGAAAGAGUGGUGCUAGGGGAGUUAGGAGCAGGUCUGGCGACGCAACCCGCAAGAGAGACGGGGAGAAGGACCGGCAGGGCAGCCGUGAGGGUAGGCCUGUAGGUAUUGAUAGCUCGGGUAGAGAUGACGUAGGUAGAGAUAGGGGCGUGGGACGACCUACGGAGAGAGUGUCGGUGGUCAGUGCAUCGCGGCAGGCUAGUGUGGUGGCGAGUGACAGCAAAGGUACACGUGUGACACAGACGCGUGUGGUGGAGCAACACCAACUGUACGAGCGCCUCGAAAGGCCCACGGAAAGACCCCUGGACAGUGCGGAAAGAGGGGGGCUAAGACGGGGGCCUGAACCCGGCAGUAGUUAUAACUCAGACAAUGAGCGCAGCAGGAGCCGGGAGAAGGAUAGGGAAAAGCUGAGGAAGUCAGGCAGCAAGGACUUGAUAGGCAAGUCUGAAGAAGGUGAGUGGGUGGUGUGUGGUGAGUGCUUUAUUGUGUGA